AUGAGUGAAGAAGAAUCAUUGAAUAUUCAGAGUUGUGUCUUGAAAGUGAACAUUCAUUGUGAUGGUUGUAAACAAAAAGUGAGAGAAGUCCUUACAAAUAUUGUAGGUGUGAAUGAUGUGAAAAUAGAACCAGAACAAGGCAAAGAGAUGGUGUCUGGGAAUGUUGAUAAACAAACAUUAAUAAAGAAACUAUCAAAAAGUAGGAAACAUGCAGAGAUUUCGGGGGUUUCUCAAAAACAACUACAGAUGAAUGAUUUAAUAAAGAAUAUGCAGAUUAAUGGCGGUAAAUCUCCCCGGAAAGGAGGUGGAAAUAACCGGAAACAAGUGCAACAGCAAAAGGGUGAUGCCGGUGGAGCUGGGCUGAAACACCUUCAACAACUUCAGCGGUUGAAAGGGUUUAAAGCUAAGAAGUUGCCUCCUGAUCAGUUGAAGUUACCGAAUUUUGGUGGUGGAGGUGGUGGGGGUGGGAAGGACGGGCAGAAGUCGGUGAAGUUUGAUGUAUCUGAGAGUGAUGAUAAUGAGUUUGAUGAGGAGGAGGAUGAUGAGUUUGAUGAUGAUGAUAUUCUGAUUAAGAAGCCGGGUGGUGGUGGAGGUUCGUCGAUGGGUAAUAUGAUAAAUUCGCAGGUUAUGAAAGGAGGUGGUGAACGCGGUAACAUGAAUGGAGGUAAUCGUGGUGGUCAGAGUCAUAAUAAGUGCGGUGGUGGAGGCGGUAACAUGAAUGCUGGUGUACAUGGGAUGCAAAACAUGAUGGGACUUCCGACCGGUGGACCAAUGGGUGCUGGUGGUGGUGACGACAAUAAUGGUUAUUUCCAUGGUGCUCCUAGUGGUCAAAAUCAUAAUAAGUGUGGAGGUGUACGCGAUAACAUGAAUGGUGGUGUAUAUGGGAUGCAAAACAUGAUGCGUGGUGGUGGAGGUGGUAUGGGGCGGAUGGGUCAUAUGGGUGCCGUUGAAGGACUUUCGGCCGGUAGAACAAUGGGCGGUGGUUGUGACGGCAAUAAUGGUUAUUUCCCUGGUGCUCCUAGUGGUCAAAAUCAUAAUAAGUGCGGUGGUGGACGCGGUAACAUGAAUGGUGGUGUACAUGAGAUGCAAAACAUGAUGAGUAUGCAUGGUGGUGGAGGUGGUAUGGGGCCGAUGGGUCAUAUGGGUGCCGUUGAAGGACUUUAG